UACAAGGAGACCAAGAAGCAGUACGACAGCUUCCCGCACCACACCGAAGUCAAGGGCGUCUACACCUUCUGCUUCAGCAAUGAGUUCUCCACCUUCUCCCACAAAACGGUCUACUUCGACUUCCAGGUGGGCGACGAGCCACCAAUCCUGCCCGACAUGAGCAACCGUGUCACCGCCCUGACGCAGAUGGGUUCCGCCUGUGUCACCAUCCACGAGGCUCUGAACGCGGUGAUCGACUCCCAGACUCACUACCGCCUGCGGGAAGCGCAGGACCGGAGCAGGGCCGAGGAGCUCAACAGCCGGGUCUCGUACUGGUCGGUCGGGGAAACCCUCAUCCUCUUUGUGGUCAGCAUUGGGCAGGUGAUGCUGCUCAAAAGCUUCUUCACCGAGAAGAGACCUGGCAGCGGUGGGGCCGGCACCUAGAGCCACAGCCGUUCC